GUAAGCUCACAGAUUGAACCAAUUUAUUUCAAUUUCGCACAUCGACGGGAAACGUUGUGUUCGCGGCAGCUCACAGAUUCAUUCGAUUCCGAUCAGUGAUUGACAAAAAAUACGAAAUGCGGCAACACCUUGCGAAACUCGUCUGCCUAUUGUGCUGCAUUCUGUGCCUCCUCCGAUCCGAUUUCGGGUGUGCCAGUUUGAGAGCUUGCAACUGCAUCCGGAUCAAAGAGUGCGUUGCCUUCACCCGUCUUCUGCUGCAUCAUCAGCCGGAAGAGCGGGCCGCUGUCUUUGCGAAGGUACACGCGGCAGGCUGUGGCUAUGAAGGAAUCGAUCCCCUGGUCUGCUGCCCUCAGAGCCAGCACCAAAGUCGACACCGCCAUGAGUCCACGGUCAGGCCCAUGCGCAUGCUACGUUUUGCCCCACCGGACGAGCGCUGGAUUUGGGGCGACAGUCGUCUGUCUCCGCCAGCCUUUGGCCAGGACGAAACAGAAAUGAAUCUGCACGACUACUGGGACUUCAAGGAGCAAAGAAACUGUCCCCAGCCAGUAGAUCCAGAGUUUUAUGAUCAUCGCUUUGGCAGUGGAAGCGGUCACUCAUUCCACUACGACAUCGACCAUGGCAGCAACGAUUGGCACUCGCCGCGUCCUGCCCCAGAGGACAAGCCUAUCGUGUUUCCCGGGGACUUGCGCUUCCUGCGACAUGGCGGGGAACAGGAGACCAGCACAGACGUGAGUCAAGGUCCACCCUUGGCACCUUUUACCACGGCCCUGCCGUCAACCACCACGUCUGCUUCUCCUACUGCUGUUCCUGCGACAGUGUCCUCCUGCGGAAUAAGCAUCGAAAGCCGUUUGCUUGGAGGAGAACAGGCCACUGCAGGACAAUACCCAUGGUUGGCUAGGAUCGCCUACAGAAACAGAAGCAGCAACCGCAUCAGCUUCCGCUGCUCGGGAUCGCUGAUCGCCAGCAACUAUGUUGUGACAGCCGCCCAUUGUGUGGUUAACCUGGUUGGCGACCUGGAAGUAUCCCAUGUGCGGCUCGGCGAUGCACCGGCCAAUGCGGAGGAUUCCUCCAAUCUGUUUGCCAUCGACCAAGUGUUGGUGCACCCGAAUUUCGACCAGCCCAGAUAUGCCAACGACAUUGCUCUGCUGCGGCUCAACAGUACGGCUAGUACCUUUACGCCCAUUUGCUUACCUUUGACCAGCACUGAGACCCUCGGGAAUAGGCUGAUUGGGCAAACGGGAGUUGCCGCCGGCUGGAGCACUGCGAAUUCGGAAGGUAACAUCUCUACCAAUUCGACAUCAUCCACGGUGCGGUUUAUUCGGCUGCCCAUAGUGAACACCACCAGCUGUGCGAUUGCGUAUGCCACUCUCAGCGAGAACUUCCAGCAGCCGAUUGUGAUCACACCCAGUCACCUGUGUGCCCAGGGCCAGCCGAUGAAUGACGUGUGCCGUGGGGACAGCGGCGGGCCGUUCAUGGACGAUGGUACCUCUGGCCUGUUGGCCAUCAAUGGACGCUAUACGCUCAUUGGCAUUGUGGCCUUUGGACCGACUUUGUGUGGUGUUACCACAAUUCCGGGUGUUUACACGCUGGUCAGCAGCUUUUCGGACUGGAUUCAGAGGAGCAUCAGCAGGACGCCCAAUACCUGACCAGCUGCAACAAUGGGAGGCGUCCAUCCAAAGCUUUCUUUCAAUGCCAAAGUCUACAGUG